CCUGCUUCCUGGAGGAGAUUUGCUUUCCAAAUGCUGCAAAGCAGCUUCGCGGACCUUCUUCCCCGGAGCAACCUGCGCGGCGGAGUCACCCUCACAGGUACCCUUUCCUGCAAAGGUCCUACUCCUGCCCUGCUCGCUGUUCCUCCCCAUUAUUUACUUCUGCUCCCUCUCCUUCCUUGAAGGAAUGGUCAUAUCCGGGCUAAAUGCACAUAAAUAGAAAGGUGGGCACGUGGGCACAUGAAAUGCACGCAGCUCAGUGGUGGUGAUUGUUGUUUAGUCGUUUAGUCGUGUCCAACUCUUGGACCAGAGCACGCCAGGCAUUCCUGUCUUCCACUGCCUCCCGCAGUUUGGUCAAACUCAUGCUGGUAGCUUCGAGAACACUGUCCAACCAUCUCGUCCUCUGUUGUCCCCUUCUCCUUGUGCCUCCAUCUUUCCCAGCAUCAGGGGCUUUUCCAGGGAGUCUUCUCUUCUCAUGAGGUGGCCAAAGUAUUGGAGUCUCAGCUUCAGGAUCUGUCCUUCCAGUGAGCACUCAGGGCUGAUUUCCUUCAGAAUGGAGAGGUUUGAUCUUCUUGCAGUCCAUGGGACUCUCAAGAGUCUCUUCCAGCACCAGAAUUCAAAAGCAUCAAUUCUUCGGCGACCAGCCUUCUUUAUGGUCCAGCUCUCACUUCCAUACAUCACUACUGGGAAAACCAUAGCUUUAACUAUACAGACAAUUGGUAUGAUGCCCCUAUUUUCAUUGGAGAAAUGUUGGAGGGUAUGGAAUAGGGUAUGCAUAGAGCCAUAGAACUGUAGAAUUGGAAGGGACCCCGAGAGUGCAGGAAUCCAUGACAGGUGGCCACCGAACCUCUGCUUAAAAAAACCUCUAAUGCAGAAGUUUAGUCAUCGUUAAGAGUGGGUUUCUGUCAAUCAUUUUUUGCGCGCGAUCUCCUUCUGCACAGUGACAGCCGCGGCUCCUUCCUUCCUUUCCUUGCCAUCCGUUUUUUUCAAAAUGCUUCCUGAUUCUCUGCUCUGUGUCACUGUUGCUACUGCAACUCUGCAACAGCAGGGACAGCCCUCUAGUUAUUCUCAAGGAGAUCCUUCUCUUUCAGCAGCAGAGGGAGGGUCUCACCCCUCCCCCUCUGCUCCCAAGUGAUGAGACCCUCCUUUCUACCCCACCCUGGGCCUCGCCUCCCAAUUUAUUCCCACUCCCAAUCCAUUCAAUACUCCGUCUUUCCCGUUCUUUGCUUGGGUCUUAUUUUACCAUUUAUAUAACAACAACAACAACAACAAUUUAUUAUUUAUACCCCGCCCAUCUGGCUGGGCUUCCCCAUCCACUCUGGGCGGUUUCCAACAAAAUACUAAAAUACAGUAAUGCAUCAAACAUUAAAAGCUUCCCUAAACUGGGCUGCCUUCAGAUGUCUUUUAAAGAUAGGAUAGCAGCUUAUUUCCUUCACAUCUGAAGGGAGGGUGUUCCACAGGGUGGGCGCCACUACCGAGAAGGCCCUCUGCCUGGUUCCCUGUAACCUCACUUCUCACAAUGAGGGAACCACCAGAAGGCCCUCUACGCUGGACCUCAGUGUCCGGGUAGAAAGAUAGGGGUGGAGACACUCCUUCAGGUACACAGGACCGAGGCUGUUGAGGUCAGUACCAACACUUUGAAUUGUGCCUGGAAAUGUACUGGGAGCCAAUGUAGGUCUUUCAAGACCGAUGUUAUGUGGUUUUGGGGCUGCUCCCACUCACCAGUCUAGCUGUUCUUUCCGUGCAGAUUCUCCUCUCUCAGUGUAUUGUGUGGCUCUGACUGUUUGUGAGUGUAUGCUAAAGGUGACUUGAGAGUGUGUGUCUCCUCAUUUGUUUGUGUGCAUGCAUGCAGGCUGUGUGUUAGAACCCUGUGUCUGAUUUUUCCCCUAUGUGUGCGCACAAAAGGUGUGAGUUUGGAAUGCGUACCUCAUUCUGUGUGCAUGCACGCAUGCCCGAAGGAUGUGAGUAGAAUUGUGCCUCUGAUUUUUUGAGUUAAAAGUGUGAGUUAGGAGUGUGUGUGUGUGUUGGGAAUGUGCCAUGUUCUGUUCUAAGGUUAUGCGUUAGAAAUGUGUUUCUGAUCGUGUUUAUGGUUCUGCAUGUCUGGUCCUGCCCGCUGUCGAAAUACAGCCUCCGAGAGGUUUCCACUUAAGUAAUCUGGCCCUCAGGCCGACAGAGGUUUCCCAACCUGUUCUUGCACGUAACAGGUUGGGGGAAAUGGCGUCCCUGCCCAGGCAGCUCACAAGACGAGACCCGCUUAGCACCACCUAUCAAAUUGCAUAAUGUACCUUCUACACCGUUCUCUCAGAUUCCUAGUUUCCCUGCUUCUGGCCGUGUUUCCCAAGCGGCUUACAAAACAAGACAAGGAAGCUCCACUAAUCAAAAGCCAGGCUUCUGCUUUAAUUGUACAGUCAUACCUCAGGUUAUGACGCAGGUGGCGCUGUGGGUUAAACCACCGAGCACAGGACUUGCCGAUCAGAAGGUCAGCGGUUCGAAUCCCCGCAAUGGGGUGAGCUCCCGUUGUUCAGUCCCUGCUCCUGCCAACCUAGCAGUUCGAAAGCACAUCAAAGUGCAAGUAGAUAAAUAGGUACCACUCCGGCGGGAAGGUAAACGGUGUUUCCAUGCGCUACUCUGGUUUGCCAGGAGCGGCUUAGUCAUGCUGGCCUCAUGACCCGGAAGCUGUACGCCGGCUCCCUUGGCCAAUAAAGCGAGAUGAGCGCUGCAACCCCAGAGUUGGUCACGACUGGACCUAGUGGUCAGGGGUCCCUUUAUCUUUACCUUUACCUCAGGUUACAGACCCUUCGGGUUGCACGUUUUUGGGUUGCACACCUCCCCGAACCCAGAAGUACCGGAACAGGUUACUUCUGGGUUUCGGCGCUUUGCGCAUGCGCAGAAGCACCGAAUCGCAACCCGUGCGUGCGCAGACGCGAUACUGCGGGUUGCGAAUGCUGCAGGUUGCGAAUGUGCCUCCCACACAGAUCACGUUCGCAACCCGAGCGUCCACUGUACAGGCAACUCCCCACUUGCACAUGAUGUACUUAUGUGCAACUGUGUACACUUGCGGCACAGGGAACCCAGAAAGGGAAGUGGACCCUCCACAGAGCCUCUCCCAGGUGCUCCCCACUUCUAGGUUCCACUUCCGGGUUUCCAGCGCUGCGAUGUGCUCAAUCACACACAAGCAGAUCAUGUGCUAGUGGGAGCUGCUUGUAUUAUUAUUCUUUUAAAUUUGCUUUUCGACUUCCUUAAAAACUGUGAUGUUGGUCAGCCUGGAGAAAUCUGCUUUGUGGCCCAAUUUUGAACCCUUGCCAAUAUUUGCAAAUGUGUUUUUGGUGGUUUUUAAUUGCUUUUAAUAGGCUUUCCACCUUAUUUUAAAUUGUAUUGUUUUGACAUUUUGAUGAGUGCCACUCUGGGCUACUUUGUUUUUUGUUUUUGUUUUUUUAAUAAUCUUCAUUAAUUUAAAUUACACACAUAUUCAAAGAAUUUGCAAUCUCAUACUACAAAAAGAAAAUUAAAGAAAAAUCAAGAAAAGAAGAAAAUACAGAAAACAGAAAGAAGAAAAAGCAGAUUUACGUGCAUUAAAAAACUUACCGUAUUUUUCGCACCAUAGGACGCACCGGACAAUAGGACGCACCUUGUUUUAGAGGGGGGAGAACAAGAAAAAAAAAUUCUCCCCCUCUCUGCCCAGCGCCCCUUCAGUGAAGCGGCAGGAGGCGCUGCGCAGAGAGAGGGAGAAUUUUCCCCCUCUUGUUUUCCCACUCUAAAACAAGGUGCCGUUUAAAACAAGGUAGCCGUUCAGGCGGCUACCUUGGAAGCCUGGAGAGCGAGAGGGGUCGGUGCACACCGACCCCUCUUGCUCUCCAGGCUUCAGGUUCCUUUCGACCUGCUCUUUGGGGCUGGUGGGGGGGAGCCCCCCACCAGCCCCAAAGAGCAGGACAGGGAGGAGCGGAAAGGCGCAGCGGAGAGGCUGCUGCCAUAGCCGCGCAUCACCUCUCCAGCCGGGAGAGGGUCGCGGGGCUAUGGCGUCUUCGCUCCAUAGGACGCACACACAUUUUCCCUUCAUUUUUGAAGGGGAAAAAGUGCGUCCUAUAGAGCGGAAAAUACGGUAAUCUUCCUAAGUAAUACUUAAAUAAACACUUAAAUAAAAAAGACUUCUGACAAAACGAGUCUUCCAAUCAUCUCAUUGUACUGUUUAUACUGUCAUCGUUCCUUUCGCACAGUUUUAUAUUCUUUAAUAUUGUUCCUGUCUACUCCACAAACAGUAUUUGUUGGGUUUACAAGUAUCACUCAAGUUGUGCUAAUAUGGUGCGGUUGGUACAAUAUGAUCUUAUAUAAUCUGGGCUACUUUGGGUGGGAUGCAAAUUGAAUAAACAAAGAAGCAUGGCCGGCAGGCCAAAGGGUUCCCCCAUCACAGGGUAAAAUAGCUAGGCCCUUGCAAAAUGCCAAUAGCAGCUGACCUUUCUUACUGUCUCUUAAACAGGGUUGUUUGCUACUUACACAGAGCUCUUUUGAUUUGAUUUGCAUCUGAAGAAGUCGACAGCAAGGCAGGAGUGACCGUGAAGGAUGGCUCAAGUCUGGACCAGCAGUGGGAUCCGCUUCUUGUUUUAAUGCCCCCUCUCAAAGAGACCCAAAUAUGGUGCCACAUCAGACAUUAAGGAAACGGAUCCUUUCCGGAUUCCUCAGGAAAGAACUCCUGUUCAGCGCUGCGUUCACCAUCAGGCUCGCUCUUGUCUUCUACGGAGUUUAUCAGGACAGGACGAUGCUGGUGAAAUAUACGGACAUCGACUAUCAGGUCUUCACCGAUGGCGCCAAGUACGUCACGGAAGGGAAAUCUCCCUACCUGAGAGCCACUUACCGUUACACCCCGCUGCUGGCCUGGAUCUUGACCCCAAACAUUCACUUGACUGAUCUGUACGGAAAGAUCCUUUUUGUUGCUGGGGAUAUGGUUGCUGCUUACCUCAUCUACGAGAUCCUGCUUCUCAGAGGCCUGGGAGACAGGGAGGCUUGUGGCUGCUGUGCUUUCUGGCUCCUCAACCCCCUGCCAAUGGCCGUGUCCAGCCGGGGGAAUGCGGAAUCUCUCAUCGCAAGCCUGGUCCUUGGCACCAUGUACUACGUGGAGAAGAGGCGCUUAGUGAUGGCAGCCGUUCUUUACGGCCUCUCCGUGCAUAUGAAGAUUUACCCGGCGACCUAUGCAUUGCCGUUAGCCCUUCAUCUGCAAAGCUGCGGGAACCCCGAGCGAAGAGAAGCAAACAUUUCGAAGGGGAAGCUCUCGCUCGCCGGCGACUUCCUGCGGCCUCUCUUAAGGCUGUUGUCCAGCCGCGACGUCCUGGUUUUCGGGACGGUGGCCGGUUCCACGUUUGCAGCCCUGGGCCUCGCGUUUUACCUCCGUUACGGCUGGGAGUUUCUGGAGCACACCUACCUCUACCACCUGACGCGCCGAGACAUCCGCCACAACUUCUCGCCUUACUUUUACAUGCUGUACCUGACGGCGGAAAGCGAGUGGAGUUUACCCCUUGGACUUGCGGCCUUCCUCCCGCAGCUCCUCCUCCUGUUGGUCAUAUCCUUGGCUUAUUACCAGGACCUUGUCUUCUGCUGCUUCCUGCAGACUGCGGUGUUUGUGAGCUUCAACAAAGUGUGCACAUCCCAGUAUUUCCUCUGGUACCUUUGCCUCCUUCCACCUGUGCUGCCUCGCUUGAGGAUGUCUUGGGUACGGGCUGCCACGCUUCUCCUGCUGUGGCUUCUUGGACAGGGUCUGUGGUUGGCGCCAGCCUAUUUUCUGGAGUUCAAAGGGCAAAACACUUUCUUGCUCAUCUGGCUAGCAGGCUUGCUCUUCCUCCUUAUCAACUGCACGAUCCUCGUUCAGAUUAUUUCUCACUAUUGUACGGUGCAGGUGACCAGGAAAGUGAAGCAGCGGUGAGGCCUGACUCCUCACAAAGGAGGAAUCUUGCAGGUGUUUCUCUGAGAGGGGUUAUUCAUUGAGCAAGACUGGGUAACAACAAACAUUUUUUUAAAAGUUUGGGGGAUUUCUUUUUCGGUAUCGUUUUUGCACCGUUUUGGAAACUCUCACCCUUCGUUUUGAGAAAGGCGAAGGCCUUUUUUUGAGGUCUGCUUCUUCUGAAACAUGACUAUUGAUGUGUUUUCAUUUGUUACGUAACUGGUUCCCAUUUCUACUGCAUUGCACCGUUCAGAUAUUUUAACGGCACUUGAUGUCAGGAGUUGGAGUCUGGAGUAGGUCAGCAAUAAAAAGCCCACAGGUGUGAGUGAAGUUCACUCUUUAUUCAAAGAAACCAAAACAGCUCAGGCCUAGUGAUCCCAGCAACUCUUCCCAAUAGGUCUUGCCCCAAUGAAGCAGUUCUGAGGACUGAAGGUCCUCGCCUUCCCACCAAUCUCUAGGACUCCUCCUCUCCCUGGUUAUUCCACAGCAACAGCAAGCUGAGGCUCUGUCUAGUCUCUCUUUGCUCUGCCCUCUUCAUUCCUCUAUGGGAUACCAGGGAGGAGAGGAGCUGGUCGCAGCAAGAAAGGAAGACUCCCUGGUUUCUUCAGCAGCCCACCUCAUCUCCGUCUCCUGGUCCCCCUCCUCUCCAGCCUUUGAUUCUGGACUGCUCUCUGCCACAGCCUCUUCCUGCUCACUAAACCCUGUUGCCUCUCCAGCUUCCGACACCUCCUCCUCCCAGUCUGCCCCUUCUUCUCCCUCUGACCACUCAUCUCCGUCUCACCACCAGUCCCCUGGCUCAGAGCCUUCUUCCCUAGCUGGUGCCUCCCACCAUUCCUCUGUGUCCAGCACAGGUGUAAUACGUGCAAGUCCCGGUGUAAUAUUAUAUUUGCCCCAAAGCGCCGACUGGACUUUCUGUAUAUGAACCAGCCCUUCUCUGUGUUUCCCACUUGUGGGAAAAUGUAGGGGUCUUGGUCAGGCAAGAAGGGUCUUAUCAGUGUUGGCCCCCUUGCCUAUGUUCUUUCUAGGGAGACACCUAGCACCAUCUCUGGCAGCUUUUAGGUACCAGGCUAAGCUUUUUCCUGUUUAUCUAGGUCUUUUGUUAAUUAAUAAUGCUGCCUCCUAUGGUGGUGCUCAUCUUUUAGAUGCGUGGUUAGGACUAGAUCCUUAUUUUACUGUGCAUUUGUGUAUAUUGUAUUGUUGGCGCUUUAAUUUUUCUCUCCUCUUAAUUUUUUUUUCAUAUACUGCGUUUCAUUUGUUUGUCAAGUCCCUUUGAGACUGUAAAAAGCCACCAAUAAAUGAGAUGAUGACAAUGACGACGAUGAUGAUUAUGAUUAAUAAUAGAUGUUUAUUCACAUUUCCACCACAUUCUUGACCUACUGCUCUGUCAAUUGGCCAGCCAUGUAGCUGGCAAGUACAAAGGUUUUGCUGUUGCUGUUGCAAGUGUUUAACCUCUGCCUGGUUGCAUUGCUAAGCAUGCCCAAGAAACCCCCGUAGGUCAAAGAGCCUUCUGGGUCAAAGGAGUAAAUUCUCUGGAAAAUUAAACUAAAGUAAUUUCAGGGAGUUUCCAAGCGAUUGUUUUAAGUUUCUUCAUUCUCUCUCUUCUGUAGAAGUUGUUGAGUUUCCUGCAUCCCACAAUAGCAGCCGUUGCUGCAAUAACAUAAUUUGCUCUGGAAAGCAAAUCUUUAUGAGCCCCUGAGCUGAAGCUAUUUUUGUGAUGGUUGAUUUUGAAAUUGAUUCCUUUUUUUGUGUUUGUUUUUGUUUCUUGUAAUGUAUUUCUUUGUUUGUUUCUUUUUUUAUAAGCCCC